UCCAGUCUGGGACCUCAAAAACAGCUGGAAUCUGGAACUGAGCCUAGAAAAUAGUCGAAGACAAAACCUGGGCAUUAGCUAACUGAGCUAAAAGGUUGCUUCUCACUAGGGUGUCAAGAAUAAUGCUGACUGAAGAUGGAUGCUCCUGAAUACUUGGAUUUGGAUGAGAUUGACUUCACUGAUGAUUCAGUGUAUUCUGUGACAUCCUUGAAGAACAUUCCAGAGCUGUCCAGAAGAAACGAUGGUCAGGGAGAAGAAAGACAAGCCCCAGCCAUCAACUGGAGCCGUGGUGUGUCGUCACAUAGUGGCGGUGGAAUCAAGCCGACCGGCAUCGCCGACGUCCACAGCAAAUUCCGACCUGUGAAGAGGGUCUCGCCACUCAAACAUCAACCGGAGACCUCUGACAACGAGAGUGACAACGAGGCCCAGGCUCACAAUGGGGAAGGCAGCAGCAAAGAAGAAGCCUCAGACAAAACACCUGCAGCCUGCGAAGGCCAGGGUUUUAAAGCCAAGAGCCUGGGUACCGGAGGAGCUCUUUUUGGGGAGCUGGAGCACUACGACCUGGACAUGGAUGAGAUACUGGACGUGCCUUACAUUAAAUCCAGCCAACAUGUCUCUACUCUUCCCAGAGUUCCCCAUGACAAAAGGACGGUGGGCGGCGGUGGCAACGCCAGUGACAGGUGCCACGGCGUUAAGACCUCAACACUUACCCAGCCUGAGAGCCUUGCGAGUGUCACCCAGUACUGUAUGCUUUCGCCCGUCAAGUGGUCUGAUAUGAGGAAGUUGAAAUCUCUGGACCCGGACAAUCACCGGCCACCCACUGGGGGCUAUGACCACUCCACACCAGGAUCACUUAGCAGUUCCUCUGCCUCAGACAUGGAUAAACUUUUAGCCAACAGGGCCUACCCAGAGACACAGGCACACAAGACAGGGGCUGACACCCCUGGGAGCAGCCAGGCUAUGAUGUUCCCCCUCCAGGGCUGUGCUGGGUCUAGGCAGGACAGCAGUAAGACCUGGAAUGGUACAAGACUGCACGGAGAGUGUGAUGAUGAGACCAAGAAAUCCCAGAACAUCAUCAAUAUCAUCCGAGAGGGGCAGAUUUCUCUGUUGCCUCACCUGGCGGCUGAUAACCUGGAGCUGAUCCAGGACGAGGAGGGGAACAACCUGCUCCACAUCUCUGCGUCCCAGGGCCACGCUGACUGCCUGCAGCAUCUCACCUCCCUCAUGGGAGAGGACUGCCUCAACGAGCGCAACAACCACCAGCUUACACCUGCUGGGCUCGGGGUGAAGAACGGCCAUUUGGAGUGUGUGCGCUGGAUGGUGAGUGAGACGGAGGCCAUCGCCGAGCUGAGCUGUAGCCGAGAGCACCCCAGUCUCAUCCACUACGCAGCCCGCUACGGACAGGAAAAGGUUCUGCUGUGGCUGCUCCAAUUCAUGCAAGAGCAAGCCAUUUCUCUGGACGAAGUGGACCAGUACGGAAACAGUGCAGUGCAUGUAGCUGCUCAGUACGGCCAUCUCACUUGCAUUCAGACCCUGGUGGAGUACGGCUCCAAUGUCACCGUGCAGAACCAGGGUGGCGAGAGGCCUUCCCAGAGCGCCGAGCGGCAGGGCCACACCACCUGCGCCCGCUACCUGGUGGUGGUGGAGACGUGCAUGUCGCUGGCCUCCCAGGUGGUCAAGCUCACCAAGCAGCUCAACGAACAAGCAACAAAGACGACUGCUCUACAGAAUCAAGUUCAGCUACACCUGGAUCCCUCAAAACCAGAGGGAACUUUGCCACGAUCGCCCAGCUCCCAUGUCCCGUCUGUGGAGGCGUGGCCUGAGAUGACCCUGACCGCAGAGGGGACCCCCGGGGAUGGCCACUGGAUCCUGAGGCAGAGGAGCGUCGACUCAGACACCGUCCUGCGCCAACUGCUGGGUAAAGACAUCUCAGACAAGGUGUGCACCAAGGAGAAGCUGUCCCUGGAGUUCCAGGAGGGCUCCAGAGCGGGGCCUCCUAGUCUGAACGGGGCCAACCCUGGGCCCCUGCGCAGGAUGGGGGUGGUGGAAAGACGGGAGCUGAAGUUGGCCAGACUCAAGCAGAUCAUGCAGCGCUCUCUCAGUGAGUCCGACUCGGACACCUACCCCCCUGAAGAGGCCAAACAUGGGCCACCCCCAGGGGUGCGCCUAGAGAGACCCAGCCACCUGCCCAUCGCAGAGAGCGAGGAGCCUGUCGGCAGCCUGCAUCUGGGCAUGAAGAAACACACCUCGACCACCGAGCACAAGUCAGCUUUCACCCUCAGCACCUCCAAGUCUAUGGAUGGAUACCCCUCGCCCACAUCGGACAAAAGCGAGCUUGACGCUGACGGGAAACCGGAGGCCGGUGGAGAUUUCCCCGACUACAACAAUGGACAAAAGACCACGACGAGCCCCAAAAGUGCACUCAAAUCGCCUACCUCUCGAAGGAAGACCUCCCAGAACCUGAAACUGAGGGUGACCUUUGAUGAGCAGGUGGUUCACAAGACGGGGCCACCAGAGAGUGAGCCGCCCAAGGGUGCCCACAGUAAAGAAGGAGCCGGAGGUAGGACUCCCACAGGGUCCGAGACGGUGAAGCGCCCGUUCGGGACAUUCCGCUCCCUAAUGGAAUCGCUGAGUGGAAAUCAGAACAGCAACAAUAAUAAUGUCCAAACGUCUCCCUCUGUCAAACAGUCAAGCUGUGUUGUGUCCCAGGGCUCGCCUGGCAGGAAAACUGAGGUUAAAACCAGUCCAUGUGGGCACUCCAAGGGCAAGAGCAAAGCUAGUGCUGUUUAGGGGCCUUGUUUUUUUUGGGUUAAAGGACCAAAAAAAAACAUUGUACUUUCUCUCACAGUAUUUGAUCAUCUUGACAAUAUUUUAGUAACUGAAGUGUCCUCUGAAGUAUCCAAUACAAUUGUAUUUGAGUAUGUAUACUUAUGCACACACAGUUAUACCAUUGGUAAUACAAUCUGUGGUUUUUCUCAUGCACUUAAUGUGCACUAGCACAAAGCAUAUACACUGAAUAAAAAUAUAAACGCAA